AUGGUCCGGCCAGCCCACCCGAGCUCAAAUGUUGCCACGGGUACUCCGGCCAAGGCAGCAGCCACCAGCACAAACGGUGCCGCUGACGCGGAUGCGCCGACCUGGCGGCACUUUUCCUGCGUUUGGUGCAAGUAUUCCCGAAAGAAGCACAAAAGCUGGCAAGGUGAUGCCGUCCUCUCCGUUAAAGGCUCCACAGUCAUCCUUCAGGAUCUUGAAGCAAAGGAAAUCGGCAAGAGCUCAACCUUGCGGCCGGCCGACCUCGUGUCCCUCCAAGAUGGCGAGACUCUCAACUUUUCCGGCAAGAUUAUCGAGAUCAUGGGCACCAUUGAACGCAAACGCUACGAGAGCGGUGCCUGCUUCCGCACCGCCUCCGUGUCUUCGGCAACCCUGACCGCACGCACUGCUUCUGCUAAAUUGCUUUUCGCCGUCUCACCUAUCCUGUGCCAUGCUCGGGGCUUGCGGCACUCCCUGCAGAGUGUGAAGCAGCUCAAGCCCCGUUAUGAUCCCAAUCAGCCCGGUGCCCUCGUCCUCAAGCCUCCACCGGUGCGAGUGCAUUCCCAUCUACACAUGGCGGCCCCAUCAUGCGUCCCUUUGGUGGUAGACCCCCACCUGUCCACGAUCCUGCGUCCCCAUCAGCGCGAAGGCGUGCGAUUCGUUAUUGAAUGCGUAGCCGGCUGCAAGAGCGAUUUGGAGGGCACCGGCUGUAUUUUGGCUGAUGACAUGGGUCUCGGCAAGACGCUGCAGUGUAUCUCGGUAGUGUGGACCCUGCUCAAGCAGGGCUUUGACGGCAAGCCCCUUUGCCAGCGUGCGCUGAUCAUUUGCCCCGGCAGCUUGGUCAAGAACUGGGAAGCGGAAUUUCGCAAGUGGCUCGGAGUCGAGCGCAUCAAGACUUUUGCCAUCUCCUCUGCCAAUAAGCUCGAGCACGUCCAACAGGCAAAGGCUUUUCCGGUCGUUAUUGUGUCCUACGAAAUGUAUUUGCGCUGCAUGGACCUGCUCAAGCAAGUGCGAUUCGACGUUGUCAUUUGCGAUGAAGCGCAUCGUCUCAAAAAUGCCAAUGCCAAGACCACCCGCAUUCUCUCUGGCCUCGCGACUCGGCGACGGAUUGCCUUGACCGGCACGCCCGUGCAAAACGACCUGCAAGAGUUUUUUACCCUGGUCGAUUUUGUCAACCCAGGCCUCUUUGGCUCCAGCGCAAAAUUUAAGCGUCUAUACGAAACACCCAUUGUGCGAGCGCGGCAGCACGAUGCGACACCGGCUGAAAAGGAUCUGGGUGAAGCUCGAGCGGAAGAGCUGAAUCGCACGAUCCAUGAGUUUGUGUUACGCCGAACAAAGGAAGUGAAUGCGGCCUACCUCCCCCCCAAGACCGAUUACGUUGUAUUUUGCCAACCCACGCCUCUUCAGCUACAGCUAUACCAGCGUCUUAUCGCCACCCAGUUUGUGCGCUCAUGCAUGAACGCCGUGCGUGGUGGCACACGACACUUGCUCGUCAUUGCAGCACUGCGCAUGUUAUGCAAUGCCCCUAGCCUCCUUGCGGGGCGCCAGUCUGCCAAUGUGGCCGACUCGGACUUUGAUCGCGUUCUCAAGGACGUGCGCCGAUUGCUGCCCGGUUCAGAUGACAAUGACGUGGCGGCACGAACGACCUUGCUAGAGGGCAGUGGCAAGGUGGCUUUAGUGCGACACAUGCUGCGUCAGUGGCGUGAGAAAACGGACGAGCGAGCGCUGCUGGUAUCCAACUCAACACGCUGUCUAGACAUCCUGCAAUUGCUCUGUGAGGCAGAAGGCUGGCCUUUUCUGCGCCUGCAAGGCUCGACGCCCACGCACCAGCGACUUGAGAUGGUCAACCGUUUCAAUGCGCGUCACCACGACGACUUUGUCUUUCUGAUGAGCUCCAAGGCCGGUGGUGUGGGCCUCAACAUUGUGGGCGCCUCCCGCCUCGUUCUGUUUGACACCGAUUGGAACCCGAGCCACGACCUGCAGGCCAUGGCACGAAUUUGGCGAGAGGGUCAGACCCGGCCCGUGUUCAUUUACCGGCUGGUCGCCACCGGCACCAUUGAGGAAAAGAUUUACCAACGACAGAUUGUCAAAUCGGCCCUCGGGACGACUGUCAUGGAGGACAAGGAGACGGAGCAGGCCUUCUCCACCAAAGAUCUGAAAGAACUGUUUCAACUUCAUUUGGACGUGGCUUCGGAGACGGUACAGCUGAUGAGAAAGAAGAAGGACAAAAUAUCCUCUAGCCUGGUCAACUGGGGCGUGUAUCAGCCGCCCUUUCCUCUCGAUGACCUGCGAGACUCGCUCACCUUUGAAGGCGUGCCCGAGAACCUGGCCACCUGCUUGCUCGAGCACCUCAACGACGACAACACUCCGCCGGCCGAGCCGGCCAUCGAUGACAAUGCCGAUGCUGGUUGUGAAAUCGACGCCCUCCUUGCCCCAACGAGCGAUGAGACUGAAGAUGAAAUGCUGGAGCGUGCGCUCACUGACAUGUAG